AUGAGCAGCCCUCUCGUCCGCAAGGCGACUCCUGCCGGCCGGCCCUCGCUGCCGCCGCAUUCCGUCCACGGCCAGGUCCCGCUCGGACCCCGAGCACGGCCGCUCUGUCCAGCUCGCCCGCCGGUCAGUCAAAGGCUCCGGGUUGAGACGCCGUACGCUGGAGAGGCUGGUCUGUUCCGGAGGCUUGUGCUGCAGGGUGGCUGCGGGGGCAGCAGCGAGCCGUGGGUGGCGGGGGUGGCUCCGCUCUGGCAGGGCGGGGCCGCGGCCGCGGCCGCCGGCGCCGCUAUUGAUUUAUUGAGCAGCGGGGGUGGGCGCGGGGGUGGGGGUGGGGUGGCCGCAGAGCCAGGCCACGCGCCCCCACACGCCACCUGCGGCGCAGCCCGUCUGGAGUCUCGAGCGGAGCAGGGGCGAGGCGCCUGGAGCGGCCGGGCUCUUCCAGCCGGUUCCAGACUGCUCGAUGCUUCCUCACCGUCCCGCUUGUACCUCCACUGUUCAAUGAAAAUAUUUCCCCCUGCUGAGGCAGCAGACGAACCAGCAAGCACCAUCGCUGUCUGGUAUCUGCUGGUUGGUGAUUCGCAGCUCGCGGUUGGUGGUUGGCGUUUGGGAGCAGCUACGCUUCUGAGGACUUCUGGAGGCAGCAGCUCACAAUCGGCCCGGGCAGAGUGGCGCGGGGGCGGCAGUGGGGGCGGAGGCGGAAGCAGGAACGGGGGCGUGCAGACCGCGGAUCGUGAAUUCUCCGAAGCCGACGACGCGACGAGUGCGGCGCUGAGCAUUCCGGCGGUCCGCCCCCUCACCGGCUGGGAUCCGGCACAAAGUGGAAUUGUGUGA